UCCACCCAACUCCACCCCCUCUCCUCCACCCACCACCACCACCUCUCCUCCACCAGAUGAGAUCGAGGUGGUCAUGUUAAUGACCCUAGACCUGACCUUCACUCCAGAACUGAGUAAUCCAACGAGCAGCCAGUUCAUAGCCCUGAGAGAAAGAGUACAGCCAGUGCUGGAGGCAAACUAUCGAUCGCUCACAGGAUUCAGGUCGAUUAAUGUGCGAGGAUUCAGCGCGGGAAGUGUCGUCGUCGACUUCACUAUCAGGACGACCAGGGUGGUUGAUGGAGAGCUGACGGCCGCCAACGACAACCUGGGGCAGAGCUUUGAGCCCAUCGCCGCGGUGCUGAGCUUAACCACCGAACCCUUCAUCAGCCCUGACCCCAUCACCUUCCACUACCCGGUGUACACGGGCCAGAACCGGACACUGACCUGUGGACCCCCGCCUCCCCAGGCGGGCAUCGGGGUCGUGACCGGCGUCUCCUGGACUCUGGGCACCAAUCCCGUCCAGAACCGAGGCCGCUUCCAGAUAACCAGUAGCGCCACAGGCUCCAUGCUGACCAUCAGCAACCUGGUCCCCUCGGACAGGGGUGACAUCGCCCAUGUGUUGAGUGGUCAUGUCCGCCUCUGUGCCUCUUGUCAUUGGUUGGUCUCAGGUGCAUUCACCUGCACGCUGGUGAGCGGAGGAGCUCUGAGGUUCAUCCAGCGUGGGAGCUUCACCACGACGACCCUCCUAGCAGCUCCCGUCCUCCUGGUCAAGAGAGAGAGCAACGCCGUCUGUAGGGGCGGCGUCAUUACAGAUACGCCGCGGAGAUGCUGUGUCCAGCCGCCCUACAGGGCCCAGUGGGUCGGUGUGACACCAGGAACAGUGCAGGAGAGCGUGGAGCAGGGAAACAACUGUGUGCAAUAUGACUACAGGUUCGACUGCACGCCCACCACGGUUACCAACAUCUGCCGCGUCAUAGGCAUCCCCGGCUUCCAGGCCAGCAGCCGGCUCAACAUCAUCACAGCAGCAGCAGUCAUCUGCAACAACACGCGGUACGGCGAGGGCGAGCUGGGGGACGAGUCCCGUCCCGGGUGUGGGCCCGGUUUGGAGGGGGAGCGCCUCGCUGUGUGCCAGGCCAGCGGGGUGUGGCUGACCCAGACCAACACCUGCAUCAACACCUACAUCUUCACCAAGAUCAACGACCUCCUGACCAAGUCCAAGAUUUCGAAUCAGGGUGAUGUUCCAACGUUAGUGGGAAACCUCAGCGCCGUGGUCAGCGACAAUCAAACCCAAAUAACGGAUUCCCCGGUCACCAUUUCAGCCAUCGUUGACAUCCUGACCAACGUGGGCAACGUGACCACGAUCAUCGUGGAGGACACCAUGCAGAGCAUCCUGAACACGGUGGAUGUGAUCGUUGGCAACAACACCAUCGGAUCGUGGGCUGAUCUGAACGCCAACCGAUCCCUCAACACCAGCUCCUUGCUCCUGAGCGCCAUGGAGACCAUCACCCAGUUCCUGAGCGGGGACGACUUCUCCGUCAACACGUCCAGCAUCCUGCUGAACAGAACCCAGUUCAGCGACUCCUUCAUGGCCGACAUCAACUCCAGCCUGGUCAUCAAUCUCCAGAACACCAACCUCACCGACACCUUCAUCACUACCAUCACCUUCUCCACCCUGAGCAACGUCCUGCCCCCCCGCACCAACGCCAGCUUCAACGCCAGCCAGGACGCCAGCGCCACCGGGCCGGAGAUCCUGAUCAACGCAGCGGUGGUGCUGAUCCAGCUGAACGGGUCCAGGGCGCUGCGGCCCAACCUGACGCUGUCCUACCGCAAGCGGAACCCCUCGCUCACCGAGGACCCCCAGUGCGUCUUCUGGAACUUCCAGCUGCUCGACUUUCAGGGUGGCUGGGACGACGAGGGAUGCACCUUCGUCUCGGACGUGGACGACGUGGUGGAAUGCAACUGCGACCACCUGACCUCCUUCUCCAUGCUCAUGUCCACGGGCCUCCCGCCAGGAGCCGCGGAGGCCCUGGACAUCAUCACCUACAUCGGCGUGGCCAUCUCCAUCGUGAGCCUGGUCAUCUGUCUGAUCAUCGAGGCGCUCACCUGGAAGGCCAUGACCAGGAACACCACCUCCUACCUGCGCCACGUGUCGCUGGUCAACAUCGCCGUGUCUCUGCUCAUCGCCGACAUCUGGUUCAUCAUCGGCGCCGCCAUCACCUCGGAGACGGACCCGACGGAGAUGGUGCCCCCGGCGGCCUGCAGCGCGGCCACCUUCUUCAUCCACCUCUUCUACCUGGCGCUCUUCUUCUGGAUGCUGGUGUCGGCGCUGCUGCUCUUCUACCGGACGGUCAUGGUCUUCUCCCACAUGUCCAAGGCCACCAUGCUGGCCAUCGGCUUCUCGCUGGGCUACGGCGCGCCCCUGGUCAUCGCCGUGGUGACGGUGGCGGCCACGGCGCCGCAGGUUCCCCAGGGGUACAUCCGGGACAACAACGGCUGCUGGCUGAGGUGGGAGGACACCUUCGCCCUGCUGGCCUUCAUCAUCCCGGCCGGGGUCAUCGUCUUCAUCAACUUUGUCAUCCUGAUCGUGGUGCUGACAAAGAUGCUGCGCCGCGGCGUUGAGAACAGCCACUCUGAGGAGAAGAACACGCUGCUGGUCAUCUUAAGAAGCGUGGCCAUCUUGUUCCCCACCUUCGGGCUCACCUGGGCUCUCGGUGUUGGGGUGAUGGUGGCUCCGAGGAAUUUGGGGCUCCAUGUCACCUUCGCGCUAUUCAACUCCUUACAGGGGUUCUUCAUUCUUGUGUUCGGGACUCUCAUGGACCCCAAGAUCCGAGCUGCUCUGUCCAGAACCAUCCCAGCCCUCAACUCCUCCUCCAACCAGACCCGGACUACCAGUGGAGGAGGAUCGUCGACUCGCAGAUGGGCGCUCCUCAACAGGAUACGAGGACGACGCGGUGCGUACCACGUGAUGAGUGCGGCUAACACCAGCAGCUCCAACACCGCAUCGGAAUCCUACCUCAACAUUUGAUUUUGAACGAUUGUUAUUCAAUCUUAAAGGGAUACUUCACCGGUGGAGAUAUGGAGGUUAUAUGAAGUACAUAAUUAUAUGUAUCAUAAAUGUGCAAAAAAAAUUGAAAUCGGCUAAUCCUAGCCUGAGAAAAGGCAGAAAGUGUCUCUCCGGCUCAAAAGUAAGAAAUCCUCCAACUCCCACAGUGCAUUGCGCUCGCUGCACCGCCCGCCUGUUUCCGUUUGGAGGGGGAAGGACCCGUGGUCCUAGCGCGAGUGGUGGCGAGCAAACUUUGUGUAAACAUAUCCCUGUGAUACGUUGACUAGUUUAGACUCCUGCCCUCUUUUUUUCAAACGCAUGAUUUGUAUAUUACUGUACAGCAUAAAAACAUUUGCUAGUAAUUACAGUAGCUCAGCAUAUCAAGUAUUUGUACUCAACCUUUUCUCCCCAGUUGAAAUAAGUGUUUGUCUUAUACAGCAGGCCUACUUUAGUAUAACAGCACUUGGGUUAGUAAACAAAUCACAACAACAGACAUGAAUUUGACAUUUUAUUCAUGAAAAAAUAUGAACUAUUUGCAAAAAUAAAACGUGCAGGGUGCGUUUGCUAGAGACAAAAUAGUCACAGCUCAUCUUGAGCAUCUAAUGUCUCCCAUAGACAUCCUAUACAUGGACGCAGCAUUGGCUGCUGGGACGCGAGAAAUGCGGCCGCCAUCUUGAAGUGUGGAUGGGGAGCCAGGGAGCAGCAUGAAGUCCGAGGGGAGGUUGGAACAGAGGAUGUAUUUCUGCUUGGGGAACACAGUUUGGCAUCGACAACCACCAUUCGGACGCGUUAUCAUUGGUUGUGUGUGUGUUUCAUAAGAUAAGGCUGCACCACAUUGCCAAACUCUCCUCUUUUGAACUUCAGAAAGGAAGCACGAGAAAGAAGCUAUGCAAAACAGUCCUCUUUCAGGGUUUUAUUCCCACACAGAUAUUGAUAUUUUUUACAUUCACAUUGCCUUGCAUACACUACAUUGGUCAGUCUGCCUUUACCCCGACUGCUUUUUAUUGCAUUUUGAAUUUCACUCCUAAUUCAUGAUAAUUAAUUUGACUGGAGUGAUCAGCUAUCACUAGGAAAUCCAGAUGAUAUUCUGGCUCCAUUUCACACUAAAUUUAACAUAAUACAAAACAAAUAUACCUCUGUUGGUAAGGUACGCCCUCGGCAGGUUAAAUUACCAUGGUUAAACUCAGAUACUCAAACUCCUUAAACAGAAGGCUUCAUCUCUCAAACAAUUUAGAUUACAUCGAACACCUGAUAGCAAAAACGACUUAAUAAAAAUAAGAAAUCAAUGCACUACUGAAGUACGCAAGGCUAAGCAGGGCUGUACAGUGUGACAGUUUUGAUCGCAUUUGCGAUUGAAAUAUUUAGCGUGCGAAGAUAAAUACAAGUCCACUCGCACCGGUGCGAAAGGGUGAGAAGGCCCCGUGCCGAAAAAAAAUACGUCUUUCUGUACGGCUUUCUGUAUGGCACUGCUAAGCGCGAGUGUGUGGGAGCAUGAUGGGAGCGUUGAAUGUUGGGAAAUGUAUUUCCAGUUAUAGGCUCGCCAGUUCCGCUCGACUACUAAAAAACUACAUUUCCCGAACAUUCACACGUUGAGGAAGAGGCUUUGUAACGGUCGCGGGAAAUUCACUUUUUAAGCAAAACAGAAAAAUGAAAAGGUAUUUCCCAGUAUUCGGAAGUUCUUCUUCAUCAAAUAAAGAUGGAAACUUGUAAAAAGAAUCCACGUAUGGAAGAGAUUGACUCGGCGACCACAAGCACGGAACCGGCACCUUCGGACGAAGCCGACUCCACCCAUGACUCCGUCUCGGCCAACGGGAAAACGUACAGGUUAGGGAUGCAAACAAUUAAUCGAUUAUCGAUUAAUUGUCGAUAAGAGAUUACUCGAUUAAAAUAAAUUACUUGCAAUUAAUCGCAUUUUAACCCGUAAUUCCCCAACCGUCCACGUGAGGGCGCACUUGACGCCAGACGUACUUGACGCACACGCGGGAACACAAGCGGGAACACAAGCAAAGCAGGGCCGUGUUCCAAUACCCGUACUUCCAUGAGUAUACUUAAAGGAAGUAUACUAUCCGCACUGGCUACUACGUUAAUUUUUCAGAUGUGAGUGCUGUUCCAAAUCGAGUAGGCUACUCCGUGGUGCACUAACCGGAAAUUACGAUCACGACUGCCGCCGUGGCUCCUCCCCCGCAAUAAACAUCCCGCUUUGAACGGUGAACUCUUUACGCCUAGCAGCUAUAAAAAGCUAUAAAAACUAUAAAAACUACAAAAUGACUAUUAAUGCAGGCUAUGUGGAAAAUGCGCCGACUUUGGCUCAGCCUGGCUCCGCCUCUUCUGCUACGUAGCUAAGAAGGCUGCCGUUGAGUACGGGGAGUGUCCUUCGAUCCACACUUCACGAUUAGCCCGUUUUGAGUACGGCAUCCGGGUCCUUGAAGUAUACUUCUUCUCGCCGGAUCUGAAUUGAAGUACUGCGUACUCAAAUUUUGGCUAGUAAGUACGGACAGUACGGGUAUUGGAACACGGCAGGACAAGACAAACGAAAAGCGGGACACUGACACGAUGAAGAGGGCAAAACGGAGUGCAGUAUGGAGCCACUUUAAGUUGGUUAAUGACGACAAAGACGCCAAAUGCACAAUAUGUGGAAGUAUUUUUAAGUACAACAACUAAACGACUUCGUUGAAUUACCACCUAAAUGUGUCACAUUCAGAAGGAAAUUCAGCUUCUCAGAAGAAUUGCCGCUUAUCAAUUAAUCGAUCAUCGAUCGAUAAGAUGAAACAACUAUCGAUUAAUGAAUUACUCGAUAAUUUGCAUCCCUAGUACAGGUUUAACCCCCAGUGGUUAAAAACGUUCAAUUGGCUGGUCUACGACCAAUCCAAGAAGUCUAUGUUUUGUAAAUAUUGCCUCGAGGUAGGGGAAAAGACAUCAGAGGUUAAUAAAUAAGUGUUUGUUAAAUUUGUAAUAAUUACUUAAUUUUGUUGAAUGUGUUCACCACUUCUGGCUGCUGAUCACAUAGUUACUUUACUAUUCAAUAUGUUCAUUGUCACUUUACUGUUGUUAAAUUGGUUCAUAAAGUGUUACUUUUGUAUAUACGUCCUAUUCUGUUCAUAUAGUAUUUUUAUUUUUUUGACUGUAGUAUACGUGCUACCAAAAUAAUUGUUGUGCUACUGAAUUUUUUCGCUUGCUAGCACCAGUGCUACCAUUUUAAAAAGUAAGCGUACAGCCCUGCUAAGACAACAUAUUUCCAACAGAAAAUCACCCAAUCCGCUUCAAACCCAAGGUCUCUAGGGCAGACUCUUACGCCCCGUGCCCACUACCUCCGUCCGUUUACUG